AUGUCGGCAGAUCAUUUCUUCCGGCGGGGGCUGCGUCCUCUGCUUGUUUUUCUAAUCUUUUUCAGCCUGACAUCUUUCUCCAAACCCGACGAGCUCCAGCCCCUUCUAGAAUUCAAGUCGGCUCUACAAAAAUCAAACCCCAAUGUUUUCAGUUCGUGGACGCCAGGUAACUCAACAUGCAGCUUCAGCGGAAUUGUAUGCAACUCCAACGGAUUUGUCACAGAAAUCAAUCUCCCCCAACAAAAUCUAUCUGGGGUUCUUCCAUUUGAUUCAAUAUGCAAGCUUCAGGCGCUAGAGAAACUCUCUCUGGGCUUCAAUUUUUUGCAUGGUGGCAUCUCUGAGGACUUGAAGAAUUGCACUAGUUUGCAACAGUUAGAUUUGGGUGUGAAUUCAUUUUCUGGGGAAGUGCCUGAUUUGUCUUCUUUAGGCAAAUUGAAGUUAUUGAGUUUAAACACCAGUGGGUUUUCUGGGCAAUUUCCAUGGAGAUCAUUGAAAAAUCUUACGAGUCUUACUUUCUCAAGCCUCGGCGACAUUGUCUUUGAAGAAAGUCCUUUCCCUGUGGAGGUCUUAAAGCUUGAGAAAUUGUACUGGCUUUACCUAUCAAACUGUAGCCUCGGAGGUCGAAUUCCAGAGGGUCUAGGAAACCUUACUCUGCUCGAAAAUCUUGAGCUUGCCUAUAACCAAUUUUCCGGUGAAAUCCCCAGUGAUAUUGUAAAACUCAAGAAUCUUUGGCAACUCGAGCUUUACUUUAAUUUCUUGACCGGAACACUGCCGGUGGGAUUUGGAAAUCUUACGAGUCUUGUAAAUUUUGAUGCGUCUGGUAAUAGCCUCCAAGGAAAUAUAUCUGAGAUGAGACUCUUGAAGAACAUUGCCUCUCUACAGCUCUAUGAUAAUCAGUUCACAGGGGAGAUUCCUGAAGAGCUUGGGGAGUUCAAUAAGCUUGUAAACUUCUCAAUCUUCCGGAACAAGUUUACGGGUCCUCUUCCUCAAAAGCUUGGCUCCGGCGCCAACUUUGUUUUGAUUGAUGCUUCAGAUAAUUUUUUGACAGGUCCUAUACCGCCAGACAUGUGCAAGAAUGGCAAAAUGAUUUACCUGCUUCUGAUUCAGAACGGGUUCACCGGUGGAAUCCCAGAAAACUACGCGAAUUGCUCAUCUUUGCAAAGGCUACGAGUAAGUAACAAUUCCCUUUCCGGUGUUGUUCCGGCGGGGAUAUGGAGGUUGUCGAACUUAUCCGCAAUUGAUCUUGCUAUGAAUAAUUUUGAAGGUACCAUCCCAAAAACAUGGGCAAUAGGAAGCAGUUUAGUGAUGAUUGCCUUAAGUGAAAACCAAUUUCAAGGUCAGCUACCAAGAUCAAUGGCCAACUGUACGAUGCUAGAGUAUCUUAAUAUUGGUAAGAAUCAGAUCAAUGACACCUUUCCCUCCUGGUUGGUUUGCAAUCUGAAUUCACUUGGAAGUACUUGAUUUGUCCUAUAACAACUUGAGUGGUAUGCUUCAUCCAUGUUUAGGAAACUUCAGUUCUCGUUUGUCAUUGCUUCAACUACAAAGCAACAACUUCCAUGGCACCAUCCCAAAAACUUGGGCAAAGGGAAGCAACUUAAGGAUGAUUGACUUAAGUGAAAACCAAUUCCAAGGUGAGCUACCAAGAUCUAUGGCCAA